AUGGCUGGUGCCCGCAAAGGUAUGCGCGUACUGCGCACCGUCAGCGGCAGACAAUGGAGCCAACAGGCUGCCACGCCGUGUGCUCGCCGCUUCGCUUCGUCUCCAGCGAGCCCCUGGGCAGCCAUUGAAGAGUCGACGUCGUUUUCUACGCCAGGCCCCGACGAAAACGCUGCCAAGUCCUUCCAAGAGGCCAGAGCCAACACCGCGAGAGAUAAGCAGCUACCUGGUGGUCGUUACCAAUACCACCCUCCCAAGUACAACCGAGGACCCCUCCAUCCUAUCCAGUCGCCGCCCUCUUCCGACCCGACAGCACGCGACUUUGUGCCCGGACCGUUCAACCUGCCGCGGCUCAAGCACACAUAUGACAGCACCAUUGCGCCGGACUUGAUGACGCUCACGUACACGCACAAGCCGCGCGGGUACGAGGCGCCCGAGUCGAGCAAGGGCGAACUCCGCGAGUGGGACGGCUCGUCGCCUUAUCAUAAGAACCGACCGCGCCGCGGCCCUCGCGGCGGGCAGUCGGGCCGGCUGGGCCUCGUCGAGCGCGAGAUAAGUUGGCACAGCCUGCCCGAGAUCGCGGCUGUCACGGUCAACUCGUACGCGCCUGCAGCCGCCGAUAACAAGGAAUAUCUCGACGUGGCGCGCGCCGUCGUGCAGGCCAUCACCGGCGAGUUCCCCGAGACGACGCGCACUCGGUCCAACGUCAUCCACUGGGGCGUUCGCAAGGGCCAAAAGACGGGCGCCAAGGCCACGCUCCGCGGCGGUGCCGCGUACGAGUUCGUGGAUAAGCUGGUGACGCUUGUGCUGCCCAAGAUCAAGGACUGGCCGGGCGUCAAGGGCAGUUCUGGUGACCGCGCGGGCAACCUGGCCCUGGGCCUGGCCCCCGAGUACAUGUCUUUCUUUCCCGAGCUCGAGUAUAAUUUCGAUAUGUACCCGACCGGCUUGAUGCCUGGCUGCGACAUCAUCAUCCAUACGACCGGUACCUCGGACAGGCACGGACGUCUGUUGCUGGAAGCUCUGGGAUUCCCAUUCUACGGCAAGGUUACGUACUAA